AUGUCACACGACAUCCUACCUGUACAGACGAACUCGGGAAACUUGUCUGCAGGUGUGAUACAGCUUCAACAUAUUGGUAAAAAUCAAGAGAUUACAUUGAUGGAUGAUGAAAAUCAGAGUCCUUGUUGCAAACACGAUCCAAGCUCGAGCCAGAUGGACGCGAAACCAGAACCACAACAAGAAACCCCCAACCCGGCAAGCAGAUCCCGAGCAAGAGCAGUACUUCUUGUCGGUAGCCUCGCAUGCUCAUGCUUCCUGAGUGUAUUCAAUGUGCAGUCCGUUGUCAUUCUGCUGCCCUCUAUCAGUCAUGAUUUGAACAUCCCAACCCAACGACAGCAAAUGGCUACCUCAGUUUACAACAUUGCUUCAGGAUGCCUCAUCCUCCUCUGGGGACGACUUGCAGAUGUUUACGGACAUCGAAUUAUCUACCUGGGCAGUUCGACUGGGUUCGCAAUCGCAAGUAUAGCCAUGCCAUUUUCGCCCAAUGAGAUAUGUUUCUAUCCACUGCGCGCCUUGCAAGGUAUGAGUGGCGCUGCGACUGUCUCAUCUGCGGUUGGGAUUAUGGCGUCGACAUUUCCUGUGGGUAAAUCAAGAAACAAAGCUUUCGUCACGUUCUCAGCUGCUGCGUCACUUGGAUCCAUACUUGGAAAUAUUGCUGGUGGCGUCAUAGGAGGUUAUCUGUCAUGGAAAUGGGUGUUCUGGAUCCCUUCUAUUCCAGCCGUUCUUAUCACAAUGAUAGCCUUCGUGCUUAUACCUGCUCCUGAAUCGCCAGCACAAGACGCACGGGGUAGCACACGAUCUUCUAUAGAUUGGAUUGGUGCAGCUAUGGUGUCCACUGCUCUACUCUUGCUAUUGGUUGGCAUUGCUCAAGCUAAUGUCGUCGGUUGGACGGCCCCAUGGAUUCUGACGAUUGUUGGUGUAUCUUUACUUUUGAUGGUAUUUUUCAUCUUCUGGCAACACCACUUAGAGAUCGAUCCGCAACGGCAGCCUUUGAUGAGAGUCUCUAUGUUCAAAGACUUCCAGUUUUCUGCCAUGUUUAUCGUUAUCUUCUGUUUUUAUGGCUCUUUUAAUAGUUUUCUCAUUUUUGCAACAUUCUUCUAUCAAGAUUAUCUAGGGCUUGGCGUGCUGGACACAACUCUACGAUUCGUACCUGCCGGUGUUACUGGCCGUAAGAACAAUCAUAGCUUCACUCGUUCCCUCAUGUACUAG